ACCAUAAAUCAGCCUUUAUACUCGACCUUAACUUGGACGUUUAGCUUUAGUAAAGACGGUAAGGUGUCACAAAGUCCAGAUAAUUAAUGGCUUUCAUUGGAAGCAUGUUCAAGGGGAAUACAAAACAUGGCAGGAUGGAUGGAGAAGUUGAGUACACUUUAGCCACAGGUACUAAGUAUGUGGGAGAGAUGAAAGACGGGAUGUUUCAUGGAGAAGGAGUGUUCCUCUUCCCUAAUGGAAGCAAAUAUGAGGCUACCUGGGAAAACGGCACAUCUAAACAGGGGUUAUUUACCUUUGCUGAUGGUCUGCAGUACCAGGAGAAGAACUGGGACUACUGCAACAAUAAUGAUAGGCGCUUCUACAGUGAGAGAUGCAAUGGACUCCGACCUGCAGGAGAAUCUCAAAUGACUGAUCUACAUCCACCGCCAAUCAUUCCUAAAGGGUGUUACGAUUGUGCAGACGGUUUCUACAACCCCACUACCAGAGGCGUCACUACCUACAGUGGAAGAUUCCUCAGGAGUGUAGAUGACUCCCAACAUGAGUGGAUUGUACAGACUUGUCGGAAGGCUUGGGAUGAGGUUCCUGGCGUUGAUCCAGAGAAAUACCCUGCAACCACAUCUGAGGAGAGCAGCAACAUCCACAGAUAAGAGCUUGAGUGGAACUUAACUUGGAACUGCGCUUUUGAACGAUUUGUGUAUAAUACAAUAAUAAAA